ACAAAAUACUCCAGCCUCAAGUUUCCAAGGUACUCGCAUAUUUUCAGUUCAUAUUACAGCAGACUAUACCGGCUGGCCACCUACCCGAGCAGCGCCUUUCCCGAGUUGUGACAGACCAGCCCAAUUUAGCCAGCCCGGCGGCACCAUCACAACCAUGGCUGGCAGAUCAGCCCGGCACAAUCGCCACGACGACCCUUAUACUUUUGACGACCCCUAUCGCAACGACCCCCCAACGGUCGGCCAUAAUGUAGGCUACGAGUAUGUCGGCACCGACGAGGCCACCGUAGCGGGCGGCUCGCCGCCCCCGAGGUACCAGUCCCGCCGGUCAAGCCCACAGCGACGCCAGCACCGGGCUACCAGCCUGCCGAGACCGCAACGACACAACAGAGACCCUUCGCCGCCCCAAAGAGAAAGGGUCGGAUCUCCUCCAAGGCACAGCAAGCAGCGUGUACCCCCUCCUCCCACCGACGCCGAGCUCAAUGCCGCUCCGGCUCCGAAGCGGGACAAGAACUACCAGGCUCGAUAUCAGGAGUGGGCACAGCGUCCAAAUGUCCAGCGCACAAAGAGCUAUGGCAAAAAGGGCCUGGAGUUUAUGGGUUCUGCCGCGGCGGCGUACCUGGCGGCCCAGCAGGGCAAGAGCAACCCCCGAAGCCGCUCCGUAGACCGCGAUAUGCACCCCGGCAGAGGCUCUCGCCAUCACUCAGAUCGCGAUGACCCGCCCCCAAGACGCAAUCACCGUCGAGACCCUUCAUACAGCCCCUCCCCGCCGCCCAGGAGAAGUCAUCACCGCCGCCACGACGACGAAGCACUAGCAGCAGGGGCAGCAGGUGCAGCAGGGGUAGCAGGGGCGGCAGCCCGGCGGCGGCACGGACGGCAUGAGUCGUCCAGCCCGUCACCGCCGCGCAGGCGACACCAAAGCUACCACAAUGACGACCGCGACGAUCGUGACCGCGGCAGGGGAGGCAGCCGCCAUCACCAACGCCGUGGCCAAUCAUACAGCCGCUCGCCUUCUCCAUCCCGGCAUAGAGACCGUGGCCGCCCGCUGGGCAGGUCCAACACGACCAACAGUAGCUCGAGUGGACUCCGCCAUGGCUUGUCUGAGAGCAAGAAGCCGCCGGUUAAUGACGCUGCCGCACGAUGGCAGAUAGCUGCCCGUGCUGCGCUGGAGGCCGGCGGCGUGGCGGCGUUCCGGCUACGCAAGGAGCCUGGGUCGUGGAACGGAGUGAAGGGUGCCAAAGUCGCCUCGGCGGCGCUGGGUGCUGCGGCUAUGCACGCUUUGCUUGACAAAGAUCCAACGCGUGAUCAGGGUCGCGGCGUGAAGGGCUUGGCCGAGAAUGCACUUGGAGGUAUCGUCGCAUCCAGGAUGACGGGUGUCAAGCGGAACGGGAAACGGAGAUAGCCUGGCGUGAUGACCUGCUGGGAAGAAGGAAGACGGCAUUCUUGACAGCGUACACUUGAGAUGCAGCUAGUUUCCCCACAACAUUUUGAUUCAAAUCAUAAACUUGUAAAGCCCAUGGUGGAGAGGGCUAUGUCGGAAGGUUCGUGGUCUCUUGCUGCCGGAAACGCCCGAUUACCGCUAUGGCGG